AAAAAAUUCACGGGCAAAAAUUACUUGUCAAGCAACUGCAACUACCCCGAAUUUUCGUGAGGAACUACACACUUGACCCGGCAGUCGACAUCUUUCCCUCUCCAACCUUCGUAACCCGCACAUUCAAUUCUUCUUCAACCGUCAUCACUUCGAUCAAUCUUCAAGAUGGCUAUCCCGGGUUCUCAGAUUUCCAAGCGCAGAAAGUUCGUCGCUGACGGUGUCUUCUAUGCCGAGCUGAACGAGUUCUUCCAGCGCGAGCUGGCCGAGGAGGGCUACUCCGGCGUUGAGGUCCGCGUCACUCCCACCGUGACCGACAUCAUCAUCCGCGCGACCCACACCCAGGAGGUUCUCGGCGAGCAGGGCCGCCGCAUCCGCGAGCUCACCUCCCUCAUCCAGAAGCGCUUCAAGUUCCCCGAGAACUCCGUCUCCCUCUACGCCGCCAAGGUCCAGAACCGUGGUCUCUCCGCCGUCGCCCAGUGCGAGUCCCUGCGCUACAAGCUCCUCAACGGUCUUGCCGUCCGUCGUGCCUGCUACGGUGUCCUGCGCUUUAUUAUGGAGUCGGGCGCCAAGGGUUGCGAGGUCGUCGUUUCCGGCAAGCUGCGCGCCGCCCGUGCCAAGUCCAUGAAGUUCACCGACGGCUUCAUGAUCCACUCCGGUCAGCCCGCCCGCGACUUCAUCGACAGCGCCACCCGUCACGUUCUCCUCCGCCAGGGUGUGCUCGGAAUCAAGGUCAAGAUCAUGCGCGGCUCCGACCCCGAGGGCAAGGCCGGCCCCUCCAAGUCUCUACCUGACGCUGUUACCAUCAUCGAGCCUAAGGAAGAAUCCAGCAUCGUGACUCCCAUGAGCCAGGACUACGGCGCCAAGGCCGCCCAGAUCCAGGCCCAAGCCGAGGCCGCCCGCGCCGCCGAGGAAGGUGGCGAGGAGGCCGCCCCCGCGGAGGAAUAGAUUUGAGCAGUCGGUGCUGGACUCCUCAAAAACCAAACUGGGAAAAGAACUUGGGCAAUGGAAACGGGAAGGCGAGAGAUGAGACACAUGUGACGAAGGGACGUGUAUUUUUCUUUUUGCUCCUAUGACUACUUACGAGGGCAAAGAAAAGGAAAGAAUUACUUCGGCGUACUUUGAUCAUCAUUUGCAUUGCAGGGACGGGAAACAACAAACCGAUGGAUGAAUUGCGAUUCUUCUAGGAUGGCCGACGCGAUGUCGAGCUGGACUAUGCUACGGUAAUAGCAAAUCGUUACGCAACCUUGUUAAUAUUUUUCGUGACUUGGUAUCGUGAUGGGUGCUAGUGAUAUGCUUUAGUUGGCAUGUGUAGAAUGCAUACAUGCCGAGGAGUUAUUUCCAUCCAAUAUCCUUAUUUUCCCUAGCUUGGCAUACGUGACUCGAAUAAU